CAGAAAAGUGCAGAGGAGAGCAACAGGCAGUCAUCUCUGGAGAGAGCGUGAAAGCAAUGCUCAGUCCACUGACAACAACUCAACAUCCGGAUCAUAAGAAAGAGGGAGGUUUUUCAUACUGCUGCCUGCCCUGGGGCCUCUAGAAAUUAUCUACCUUCCUCACAGCUAUGCCUGGACCACAAACUAAACCAUGGACAAAGUUUCUUUACUGCAUGUAGAUUGAUUCGCACAUGGACACUGUAGUUUAUCUGUAUACCAUAUUUAACCUGUUGUAAUCAAGGACAAAAUUUGAUGUUUCAUCACUGCCCUGUCCUUUUUAACUUGCAGAAGUCACUGGAAAUUCUUGAAUAGGAGUUUUCCAUGCAAGCCUUGUCAAGAUGUUGCCAGAUGUUUUCAUGACAUGGUGGGUUGGGGUCUUUCUUGGAAUUGUAGGCGGUCAGUCCCAGUCUCAGCAACAAACCCAGACUGAGGACUCAAACCCCUGGAGACAGAUGAUCCAAUGGGAGAAUAAUGGCCGUGUAUACAGUCUUCUCAACAGUGGGACUGAAUACGUCCCUGCUCGGGCUCAGGAACGAGAUAGGAACCACAGAGUGUUUCUAGCUGAUGCUCCCAACCGUAGAUCACAGGGCGGGAAUGUACGCAGGCAAGCACCUUCUAGAGGAAGCUCUGAAACUGUGAGAGGCCAAGCCAGACAUCCUUUUGGAUUCGGUCAGGUGCCAGACAACUGGCGUCAAGGUACUGCAGGGACAGGUGAAACAAGUCGCUUCCAGUCAUUUCCCAGCUCUCGUUUUAGACCAUCCUCUGGCUCAUCCUCCUCCUCAUCAUCCUCUUCUUCGUCCUUCAACAUCCAGUCUUAUCCACAGUACCCAUUACCUCAACAGCCUUCUUAUGGUUCUCCCCAUGACUCUGGUUUGGACAGGUCAUAUGAACCUCCCUUCCGUGGAACGGGGUAUUCCACAGGCACUGGUGGUGGCUUCACUGGAGGAGGGUAUGGAGGGGGUGGUUAUUCUACUGGCAGUAUUGGAGGAGGAAGCUAUAAUGGAGGGGGUCCAGCACCUGAUGAGAGGUAUCGCUACUAUCCCCCUUAUGCUCAGCCAUACCCAGCCAGUCCAGCCCAACCUGCACAGCCACCAUUCGCAGAUGGAUUGGACCACAGAUACACACACAAUCUGUACAAUGAGGACACUCGAGAUGCUGGUGAUGCUGCAGUACCUGUCUCUAAUGGUGCAUCAACCAGCUUGGGGUCAGCAGCAUACCAGCCUGCAGUGCAAAGCCCCCAGUAUGAGCAGUUUCCACCCUUUGGAAGGCCCCAGCCACAGCCUCCAUUCAUGCAACCACCUCCGCGAAACCCCCUUGUCUCUAACAAUGCAGAGAGCCCCAGCAUCAAUGUAGGGAGUGUUUAUCGUCCACAGCAAAGAGGUUUGCCUGACCUGGUUCCUGACCCAAACUAUGUCCAAGCUUCUACAUACAUUCAAAGAGCCCACAUGUACUCCUUGCGCUGUGCUGCAGAGGAGAAAUGUUUGGCCAGCUCGGCCUACAGCGAUGACACCACAGACUAUAAUGUCAGGGUUCUUCUGCGGUUCCCUCAGAGAGUGAAGAACCAAGGGAUGGCUGAUUUCAUGCCCAACCGACCUCGACACACCUGGGAGUGGCACAGCUGCCACCAACAUUACCACAGUAUGGAUGAGUUCAGUCACUAUGACCUGUUAGAAGUGAGCACUGGCCGGAAGGUGGCAGAGGGACACAAGGCAAGCUUCUGUCUGGAGGACACUACCUGUGACUUUGGUCACCUGAAACGUUACGCUUGCACUUCACAUACCCAGGGUCUCAGCCCAGGUUGUUAUGACACAUACAAUGCAGAUAUUGAUUGCCAAUGGAUUGACAUCACUGAUGUUCAGCCAGGAAACUAUAUACUGAAGCUCCAGGUUAACCCCAAGUACUUGGUGCUGGAAUCUGACUUCACCAACAAUGUAGUCAGGUGCAAUAUCCACUACACAGGGCGCUUUGUCAAAACCACAAACUGCAAAAUCUCCCAGUCAUGAUUUGCCAGGUCUUGGCAGUUCAGUGUGGUCGAGUCUUCAGUGGAGCGCUGUUUCAUUGCAAUGUGAAUGGAAUUCCUGGUUUUGUUGUUGUGAAUGUUUAUUGUAUUUGUCUUGGUUCCUGUUUAUGUGCUGUUCUGGUCCAAUGAGCACAUUGUGAACCUAGGUUCAGCUUGUACCAAGAGGAAUGAGCACUUUUACUGACACACACACACACACACACACACACACACACACACACAUAAACACAAACGCAUACACACACACACACACACACACAUUUGUUUUCAAUGCAGCCAACCCAUUAAUCCCCAUUUUUUCUUUAAAACACACGUGCACUCUCUCCACAAUUAAGCCUAAAUCAUUUAAUACCUCAUGAAAUCGGCAAUAUGAUCACACAGGAAAUUGACAUACUGCUUCUGAAUGUUCAUGUACUCUAAAAACUACCCCAUCUCCCGAAUUACUGAGAAGCACCAUGCCCAUCAGACAUUUCUGCAUCAACUGAAACAUGUUAAACAUUCCCUGUGGUGCUACUGAUAGUGUGUUGUGCGUGCACCCUCCUAGACACAGCUUCUGAUCCCAUGGAAGUAAUCGCAUUCACUACGAGACACAGGUUCUGGUCUUGUGGAAACCAGGAAGUAAUCAUGUUCACAUAAACCAGGGGUGGGGAACAUCAGGCCUCAGGGCCGUAUAAGGCCCGCAAGACCACUUUACCCGGCCCAUGAGGCCAUUUGAGAAAUAAUUUGAAAAGCAAAAAAAUGGCCUGUAAAAAAAAUAAAAAAAAUAAAAAUACAAUUAAAAUAAUGAUUAAAAUUAAUUUUAAAUGAUAACAAUGCAAAAUAUUGUAUAAUAGACAGACCUUUCAGUGUAACGGGAAGCGUACACUAAUUGUAACCCACAAUCAGAAUUUGCAAGCAAUUGUAUGGCCCGCGUAUAAUUUCGUAAAUACUCGAAUGACCCUUAAUGGGAAAAAGGUUCCCCACCCCUGACAUAAACAAUGGUGAAUGUGAUUUGGAGGUUGCAUUUUUGCUCUAAAUAAAAAAAUUACAGUUUAGGGUUUGGGUUAAGGAGUAGGUUGGAUAAAAUAUGCAUUUUUGUUGACUGUAUUAUGUCAUUUACAACUAAAACUACAACUCACUUUUCCCAUCCUGUUGACAUUUCACCUAAAAACCUCAUCCAGCUUCAAACACUCAGAAUCGGUAAACACAGACCGAAUUCAGCAGCAAAACUUUCGACCUCCUGUCAUGGAAUUCUCAGCGUGAUCAGUCAGUUUGAUUUUCUGUGUGGACCUAUUUUUUCUUUAGAAACAGGAAGAGCUUGUCCCUUUACAAAAAAUAAAUAAAUACAGUAAAUAGCCAAUUGGCUUCAGUUACAUCACAGUCAUGAGCCAUUAUUUGCUAUUUGCUUUUGCUAGAGGCAGGUGGUAUAAGGGUAAUUCUCAUUCUAAAAAGCAUUUAAUUGGACAAAAUAUGUAAAUUUUAAAUGUGUGUAUCUGUUAAAAGUUAAUUUUGUCAUUUUUUUGGAGUACUCUAACAUAUCUGGCCUGAGAGCAAAUAGAUAUGGGUCAAAACCACAAACUUUAAUUUUAAUUUAAAACCCCAUUAAAUAAAAAUAAAAAUAAAUGACCCCAUGAAAUAAAAAUUUAAGUUUGUGGUUUUGGCCCAUGUCUGUUAGCUUUGAGGCCUUCUAUAUGUUAGAGUACUCCAAAGAGAUUCUUUAGCCAUGUUUUAGAAUGGCUAGAAGUUUACAUUGCUGAAAUGUAAAGUAAGGCCAGGUAUGGCACUGGGAUGAUCCCAAUGGAUCAAAAGAAUGCUACCACCACCUUUGAUAAACCAAUAUGGUCCAGUGUUGGGAAAGACAAUGUCAGAGGGCAAAUUCACUUACAAACUUUAUUGUUAACAUCCAAAACAACACUACACUGUUAGGAGAUGAGAACAAGAUUCUUAUCUGCACCAAGCCAGUCUCACACGCUGCCCAAAAUGGCAAAUAUUAUCACAAAACAGCCUUGCACAGGCUCAGCAAGUGGGCAAAAAUCGCCACCAUAUUGGCAUAUCAAUAAACAUGCCCACACUUAAGAUCCUCAAUCAUAACAGCACUUUUACAUUCUAAUUCUGUAAUUCAGAUUAGGAGAAAUCAAACAUGUACCGUCUAAGAUAUGGGCAAAAAGCCUAGCAACUGGAAACAAUGCUAAUUUCUCUCCUCCCUCAAGACUUUCCUUUGUUCUGUGCUACUUUAGUCAAGGUACAAUAAUAAAAAAUAAAUAAAUAAAUAAAUAAAUAAGAUGAUGUCUGAGAGAACGAACAUGCUGUCAAUCAUUCAGUUUACCAAUUAAGUAAAAAGUAGCUUUAGCUUGUAUAUGGGGCCUGGAAAAAAUGGCUUUGGGAUUAAUUCUUACGCUCUGCAGGAUUUUUGGGCUGCCGCCUGAAAUUUUUCACACUCAAAUUUAAAAGCUGCCUGUUCACACACACAGUGGACUAAUUUAAUAACAAUUGUCUCAUUUUACAGAAAACCCCCUACAUUUUAAGAAAUUAUUGCAAUAAUUAAUAAGUAACAUUGUAUAUGUUUACAAUUUUAUGAUAACAUUUUUAAAAAAUUAUAUUUUAUUAAUGUCUAAAGUUUAAAUUUGAUAUUUUAUGUAACUAAAUGCAAGUUAUGGGGUUCUCUAUUAAGUGUUAAAAUGGCUUGCCAUAUAGCACCUCCCCACUGGCCUGCCAGUGGGCCCGCAGGGGCACUUUGAAUAAAAAGUUUUGUAUCCAAAAGCUGACAGCAGCACUGAGUUUAUCAUAGUGUACCUUUUGUAUCUUGGAGACUUAUAGUCUUUAACUUAACCUGCUGCAAUUUCAAUUUGGUUGUAAUGUUGCCUUUAUAUCUGUCCACUGAUAAUCCAAUAUUGCAAACUAGAAAGAAAAAAAGUCAGGAUAUACUUGAGAAGGACCCGAUACAAGUGGAUGCCUAUGUGUCAGAAUGGCAUGGAUUUGGUUUUCAAUGAUUAAGCUGAGUUAGGAAUGACCUAAACUAAGAGCUGAGGAGUGAAGCUUGUAAACCUUUUUGUUUUGGACGCUUUUUGUACUGUGGAAUAUAUCUAGAUUAUUAUUUCUUAAAGGAUUAGUUCACCCAAAAAUGAAAAUUCUGUCAUUUUCCAAUCACCAUCUUAUAGUUCCAAAGCUGUCGAUGACCUUAAAAACAUUUAGAAUUUUUGUCCUUUUGUUUUAUUUAUUCUUUUAGCUCACCAGCCUAUGGUUACUAUGGACUGUAGUUGCAUGGAAUGGUAAAGAUUUUUCAAAAUUCUCAUUUUGUGUUCCACAGACAAAAAUAAAUGACAUAACUGACAAAUUUGUUUAUUAUUAUUAUUAUUAUUAUUAUUAUUAUUAAUUAUUAUGAUUAUUUUGGGGGUGAACUAUUCCUUUAAACUGACAAUACUAGUCAGAUGCCACAGGCCACCAUUUCCUUUAUGAUACAGUUAACCCAAUGAUGCAUGCCAUUAGCUAUUUAAGAAAUGAAUUUAUUUUAUCUGUUUGUAUUCAUAGUCUGUUCAUAUGUACUGUGUGAGAGAAAAUAUUUGCUGUGUUACAUUCCAGGAAUUCAUAUUUCUUUGUACCUGAAAUCCAGAUGUAUGCCUAUGUUUGUUAAAUAGCCGAGCUGUGGCAUGAUACAACUUAGAUGAUACUACUGUUGCAAAGCUAACAUUGCAUAACUUGAUGUUACUGACAAUCUUAAUACCAUCCAUACCUACCUCGGAAAGAGAAAUUAGCAUUUGCUGUAAAAAUAAAUAAAAAUAAAAUAUAUAUAUAUAUAUAUAUAUAUAUAUAUAUAUAUAUAUAUAUAUAUAUAUAUAUAUAUAUAUAUAUAUAUAUAUAUUCCCUAGUACACUACAGUAGGGGCCCUGUAUAACAAACUUACAACUUCUGCAAAUCCACAUUAUAUGCUAAUAAAUGUUAGAAAUGCUAUAGUCUAUAAUCAUCAGCUAAUAAACUCUGAUAAAAGCUAAACUAUAUAUGAAAACCAAGCUGCAGGUGUUCUAACAAGCUUUCUGUGGGGUAAUAUUAUUGUUGUCAUGAGAUAAUCAAUGUGAAUGGAAUGUGUGUGGUUUUUUUAUGUCUUUGCAUGAUUCUCUUCAAACAAAUCUAAAUGGAUUCCUUACUCUAGUGAGCAAUUCUGUAAUUCACUCCACCUGGUUUUUGAAGAUAAGAUAUAGUGGUUUCCAUUAACAAGAUCCAGACUCAAUGCAGAACAGACUUUCUGUUUUAUUGUAUCCCUUUAUAUCAUGUAUAAAAUUGUUAUGAUUGUUUGAAAAUAUAUAGACAGUAAAUCUGUGUUUGGUUAAUAUCUUGCUUUGUGGUUCAAGACAGGUGCACACAUCAGACCACACAACUCUUUGUUUUGUUGUUAUCAUUGUUGUUGUUGGUUGUUUUUUGUACUCCAGAUCUUUUGUCGUAGUUCAUACUGAAUCAGAAUAAAUACUAAAGUGUAUAUCAA